UCAAUGGCUCAUCUCUGUUUCUUUCCCCCCUUUCCCUUCUCUCCCUUGGUCUUCCUUUCCUGGCGCUGGCGACGACGACUGGGUGAACGGGCGGCGCUAUUUGUCACGUCUUCGCCCGGCCCUUUGCCGGCGACGAGCAUCCACCAGGUUGAUGCUCUUGGCUCCGGAACCUGGAAAACCCUCGACUCUUCUCAUUCCACACCUGCACAUAAGAGAAUUAGUUGAAAUGGCAAGCACGGCAUGCUUUGUGAUUGUUAGUAAGAAUGACAUCCCAAUCUAUGAGGCUGAAGUUGGAUCUGCUCCAAAAAAAGAAGAUUUAGCUUAUCAGCAUCAGUUCAUUUUGCAUGCUGCAUUGGAUGUUGUUCAGGACCUUGCAUGGACUACCAAUGCAAUGUUUCUGAGGUCGGUUGAUAGAUUCAAUGACCUUGUUGUGUCUGUUUAUGUAACUGCUGGUCAUACUAGAUUUAUGUUGCUUCAUGACUCGCGGAGUGAUGAUGGAAUAAAAACUUUCUUUCAGGAGGUUCAUGACCUUUACAUCAAGAUAUUCCUCAAUCCACUCUACUUGCCCGGUUCUCGCAUAACGUCCUCCCAUUUUGAUACCAAGGUCAGGGCUCUGGCAAGGAAAUACCUGUAGCAUACACACUCCGGUGGAAGAUCCUGUCGUGCCAGCACCUUUUUCUUUCUCCCAAGCCUAAUCUUGUUAGUCAAUGACUGAUAUAUUCUGAAAUUCUCUGUUCUGCUAUUCCAAAACAAUGCCGCUCAAGCAACUUUUUCUCUCUCCCCCAUAUAUUUAAUGUAGAGCAUUGUACACAACGAAUCAAGGACUGAUAUAUCCUGAGAUGCAUUAUACCAAAACAAUGUUGCCCCCACCAGGGCUUUGUUUCUGA